AUGUCUUUGACCUACUCCGACAACCUUGCUCCGCAACCUAUCACCGAUGUCUUCACCAAUGACACAUGCAUCGACCGAAGAAAGUGUCACCGGACGGUGCCCAUGAAGGUGCUCGCUCUCGGUGUAGGACGCACAGGAACGGCUUCGCUGCGGAUUGCCCUUGAGCGCUUGGGAUACCUCAAGUGUUACCACAUGAUGUCUGCGAGUAUGGAGAACCCUCCGGACUGCUUGAUGUGGCACGAUGCUCUUCUUGCCAAGUACGACGGCAUUGGCGAAUUUGGUCGCAAGGAAUGGGACCAGCUUUUGGGUGACUGUCAGGCUGUCUGUGACUGGCCUGCUUGUGCCUUUGCUAAGGAGCUUAUCGAGGCGUACCCCAAUGCCAAGGUUAUCCUGACCACCCGUGAUGUGGACUCGUGGCAUGCUUCCGUUAUGAAGACCGUUUGGUGGCGUGUCUCCGACUGGGAACACAGCUUCGUUUCCAACUUCAGCUGGGCUGCUGGCAUGUACUACCCCAUGUUGAGCAAGUUCUUCCAGACCUUCUUCCGUGGCGACUUCCCCAACAAGGGCAAGCAGGUCUACGAGGACCACGUCGCUCAGAUCCGCAGUUUGGUGCCUCCAGAGCGCCUGCUCGAAUACCAGAUUGGCGACGGCUAUGGCCCGCUGUGCGAAUUCCUCGGAGAGGAGAUGCCCGACACCCAGUUCCCUCGUGGCAACGACAUGGCCGACUUCUUCAAGCGCUGCCGCGGCCGCAACAGGCGCCAGAUGAUGAACGCUGCUCUGCAGGCAUUCACCAUGGGCGGUACCAUCUUGGCCACUGGGUUGGCUGCCACUAUGGCCUUCAAGCGCUUUGUCCGGUGA